CAGGCAUGUAAAAGGGCAGCGCGGGGUCCUCAGCUACGCUUUGCAUGGAGGAGUAAACAAACAGUGAAGGUCAGAAUGUUCCUGAAAAUACUCAAUAAGUUCGUCGGAGCUAAGAACAUUACAAUCUUAAAAACGUGGGUACCAAACAUGGUUGCCUGGGGGUCAUUGGGCGGCGUGGCGCUCGUCCACUUCACAGACUGGCGAUUAUUCCUUGACUAUGUACCAUACAUUAAGGGCAAGUUCCACAAGGAUGAGUGACAUCUUUUUCCCAAUCAAUUGACCAGAACACUUUGGGACGAGCACACGGGUGGACGGCUUCUACAGGGCCAGUUAUAGUUCGAGGAUGCAUAAUGUAUAAAUGUUUUGAUCCAUGCGUAUUUAAUGUCAAUUAAAUCUUGACGUGUAAACUUC